AGCAUUUUUUUCUAGUCGACUCACAACUUUUUAAUUUAAAAACACAGGGAACUUAUUCCCAAGCUGAUGUAGAAUCAACACGUGCUAAAUCUAAUGAUCAGCUACCAGAAGACCAAACUGUAAAGGAACAGCAUCAAUGCAACAGGAGUUGGCAAUCAGCCAUGUAACAGUGUGAUUCAGUAUGAGAAGAUUACAGAAUCUAAAUCAGUGAUGAGUACAGGAAAGGGUCCAGUAAAAUAUUUCACAGAUGCGCCUAAAACAACCUUUGGUUCUCAUGAAGAGUUCAUAAUACGUAUUCAAAAUGAAGUACCGGGUUUGCAGGAGGUGCUUUCACAGGAUGAGUGUGAUGUAAUUCUGGUGUUUCUACCUAAUGUAUCAUGUGGUGGAAUAAACCCUGAUGCAGCCCGGGAAAAGCUUGAUGCUCUUGCAGUCUCUAAACCUGCUGUUCUAGUAGUGCUUCAUCACUCCAUAGACCCAGAGAAGGUUAUAUUAGAAAGCAGCAAACUAGCAGCAAAGAGACCAAACACACGCACAGUGGACUGUCUCUUCCAUGAAGAUAAAGGAUUACUAAAGUGCUGCAAGAAUGAAGAAGCAGUGAAGAAAGUUAAGGAGUGGCUGCAGGAUCUAUAUAAGACAAAGCCCACGGCAGCCGUAGUUGAACCUAAAUCAGACGAGGAUAUAAGAGGAAAUAACAAUGUUGUGCAGAAUCAACCAAAGAACACCAAGAACAGCAAGUCUAGAAGUCCAGAAAGGGGUCCAGUAAAUUACUUCACACAUGUGUCUGGAAAAAAAACACAUGCAUCUGAAAUAACCUUCGGUUGUCGUGAAGAUUUCAAAAGACGUCUUCAAAAUGAAGUACCAGGUUUGCGGGAGGUGUCUACACUGGAUGAGUGUGAUGUAAUUCUGGUGUUUCGACCUGUUGUAUCAUGUGGUGGAAUAAACCCUGAUGCAGCUCAGAAUGAGCUUGAUGCUAUUUCAGACUCUAAACCAGCUGUUCUAGUAUUGCUUCAUUACUCCAUGGACCCAGAGAAGUUUGUAUUAGACAGCAACAAACUUGUAAACAGAGAGAACACACUCACAGUGGACUGUCUCUUCCAUGAAGAUAAAGGAUUAUUAAAGUGCUGCAAGAAUGAAGAUGCAGUGAAGAAAGUUAAGAAGUGGCUGGAGGACCUACCUAAGACAAAGCCCACGGAUUCCCAGAAUUCACUGCUUUGCAGAUGCUGCCGACCUAAAGCAAUUUGCUGAUGAAUACAACACUGGGGGCUGAGAGUGAAGGAGCUGUGUAUAUUUAAUAGAUUAUAAGUUCGAAACAGCAAAGCUUAUCCGAGACAAGCUGGUGCUGCUUCUUGCUAUAGAACAAUGCUUUUUUCAAUAAUGAUGUGAUAUCAGUGCUUACAUCAUCCUAGUUAUCUUUGCUAGCCUUGAUGGUAUGAUAAUUUGAUACCAUAAUUAAAGGCAACAAAAUAAUCACUAUCAGUGUUAUAUCGGUAUUGUUAAAAUGUGCUGAAAAGCAGUGUUUUGAAGUAGGUCUCAUAAGUUUCAGUUUUUUACUGCCUGUGGACUUUGUUGUGUUCUGGGCUCUGGGAAGCUGAGCACAGGAUCUACCACUGAUCUGGUGCCGGUCUUAACGGUGGCGUGGGAGAAGAAACGAGCAACGAGUCCUGACAGGACUCUGCAGCUUCUCAGUUUGCUGAGCUGCUGGGGUUUAGACAGUUGUGUUUUCUCUUUCUCUCUCUCACACUCUCUCUCUCUCUCUCUCUCUCUAUUCACUCACUCGC